GCUCUAUACUGAUUGUCGCAAGUUGCAGUUUCUUGCGAACUUUUUCCGGAAUGGGUGUUGAGCAUAAACCAGCAACCGAGGACGUAAAGAUGGACAUAUUUGAGGACGAUGAUGAAUUCGAGGAGUUCGACAUCAACCAAGCCGCACCUCCUCUUUCCACACUCAACUCUUCUGCCCACCUCACCACCAUGAACUUCACCAUCUUUUCUAAACUAGCAUGGACGGAUGGAGACCCUAGGCGGUGGGGUUUUCAAGUUAUCGAUAGUGUGGACGAACGAAACCGUCGGAUAGACUUCGUCUCAUCUUGGGCAGUGACUGGAUUCAUGGAAGAACUCAGUAUUUUGAAGUUCACGUUAAAUAAGAUCUCAAUCCUUGCUGCUCAGUAUGGGGUUCAAGAGGAGUUGCAGGAUAUCUCUUCAGUUAAAACUUUCAGAAACUUUUCUGAAUUGAUUUUCAUGGAUCGGUUAGAUGUUUCCCUGCUAGCAACUGAAGAGGGUGUCUUUGAAGUGAAGGCAACUGUUGGAGACACUCACCUUGGUGGUGAGGAUUUUGACAACAGAUUGGUCAAGGCUUUUGCCUUGGACACUCAAUUGAAGCUUAAGGAUCUACAUCAAAGCAGUAGGUGGUGCUUGCUUUUGCUGAACUGGACCUUGAAGUUACUAUACUAGUGGGAUGACAGGGUGGAAGUAAAAGAGGUGAAACAGCAGUGGGAAGAUGAUUGGGACGACCAUGAUGUCAACGAUGACUUCUCGCUGCAGCUGAGGAGGGAACUGGAGACCAGCGUGGUGAAGAGCUAAGUCCAGCAGCUACGGUGUUCCUCUUGAAGAUUUGUAGUUUGGUGAGAUGAGAAUGAAUUGACUACCAGAAGCUCAUAUUCUUCACGUACACUGGUUUUUCCGGACUAAUCUUUCUGUACUUGAUUGGCGCGAACCCUUCUUACUGCUAUUACUAUUAGUGUUAAUGUGUUACAGGAGAAUGGGAUUAUAACAAUCAAGCCAAGGAAUUAGAUUCAGUUUCUUGCUAACCUAACAGCUAUUGUCCAGUACAGACUUUGAUAAAAGUCAAUGGCGGUAGCUCGGCCUUGGUGGCUGAAUUUCUCCUACAGGUUCAGUCACUGCAAGCCAAAUUGUCCUUUUAAAAUGUAGCUUUACUGAUGCCCACUUGCAUAAAUAAGUAAUGGAGUC